CAGGGUCCUGGGAGACCAGAUAUAGUGAAUGCAGGGUCCUGGGAGAGCAGAUAUAGUGAAUGCAGGGUCGGGGGGAGAGCAGAUAUAGUGAAUGCAGUGUCCGGGGAGAGCAGAUAUAGUGAAUGCAGGGUUCGGGGAGAGCAGAUAUAGUGAAUGCAGGGUCCGGGGGAGACCACAUAUAGUGAAUGCGGGGUCUGGGGAGACCACAUAUAGUGAAUGCGGGUCCGGGGAGACCAGAUAUAGUGAAUGCAGGGUCUGGGGAGACCAGAUAUUGUGAAUGCGGGGUCUGGGGAGACCACAUAUAGUGAAUGCAGGUCCGGGGAGACCAGAUAUAGUGAAUGCAGGGUCCUGGGUAUAGUAGCACUUUAAUGUAUCACAGACUUGAGUUUAGUA